AUGCUCGCAGGAACUCGACCCCAACUCUCGAACGACACGCUCGGUCACAAAUUCACCAUGUCUCCUGUCCACAAGUUCAAGAAUCCUACGCCCCACGUUCCAGGCAUCUACCGUUACACGGCGACUGCUCUGGGUGCUGGCAUGUGGUUCUUCCUGAUGUACCGCGCGAAGAAGGACGGCGCCGUCCUGCUGGGCUGGAAGCACCCCUGGGACCACUAA